AUGACCUCUGGACAGGUACCGCGGGGAGCGGAUAACACGGUAGGGGCAGUCAUUGCCCCAAGCCUUGUCCAAUGCUCCCAGAUAAACCUGCAACACUGCAAAGCGGCGACGGUUCUCCUGAGUCGCAGCCAAGUGGUGGAGCAGACAGACAUAUGCCUCAUCCAAGAACCCAGAACAGGGGGUAUGGCAAGAGGACUUGACCUCAGGGGCUAUGAGCUUUUCUUCGCACAGGGGGAACCAGGACCCAGGACUUGCAUCUCCGUUAAAAGAGCUUGUAAUGCCAGGAGAAUGGUAAACUUCUGUCACAGGGACCUUGUCGCGGUGACGGUGGGCCUGCGGGGGGAGGGCGGAUACGAAGACAUUGUCUUCUGCUCUGCCUACUUUCCGUUUGACUCGGCGUUGACACCGCCCACGGGGGAACUGAAGAAGUGGAGUCGCUACUGUAAAAGCAAUGGGCUGCCACUCAUCGUGGGCUGCGACGCAAACGCGCAGAACGUGGUUUGGGGCAGUGAGAGCAACAACGCCAGAGGCAUAUCCCUCUUGGAAUAUCUGGCAGACGAGGACCUGGAGAUCCUAAACAGGGGAUUCAGACCCACGUUCGUCACUUCUCGCUGCCAAUGUGUCAUCGACAUCACGCUGUGUGACAGGAGGCUAGCGAAACGGUGCGUUGACUGGAGGGUGGACCGGGAGGACACACUAUCCGAUCACAGACCCAUCAAAUUCAGCAUUGAAGGCAGAUUCGGGAAGUUGGAGGGUCCCGCACGCAGGAAUGGACCUCUUGUAAAGAGGAGCUGGAGUCAAGGUUGGGGCAACGGCGGUUGA